GUGACCUUCAACACAGCCAUCAGCGCAUGUGGGAGAGCGCGAAGGUGGCAGGAUGCAUAUCACCUCUUCCAGGAGGCUGCUGGGAGCACCUCUGCAGAUGUGAUCACAUACAAUUCAACCAUCAGUGCAUGUGAGAGAGCAAAGCAGUGGCAGCUGGCACUUCAGGUCUUUACUGCCAUGCUGGAUGCCGGGGUGUGGGCUAGCGAGAUCAGCUACAAUGCUGCGAUCGCUGCGUGUGCAAUCGGUGCGCAGUGGCAGAAGGCGUCUUACCUGAUAGCCGAUAUGGGCCUCGCACAACUCGAGGCCAGCACCGUCACUUUCAAUGCGGCCUUAAGCACUUUUGAAAAAGCAGGCGAGUGGGAGAUGGCUGUCUUCAUUUUCUCGCGAAUGCUGGAAAGUCAACUUGAACCUGAUGUGAUAAGCUUCAGCACCGUGAUGACUGCGUGCACCAAAGGUGACCAGUGGCAGCAUGCUUUAGAGCUGCUUGGAGAAACUAUGAAGAGCAGCGUGAGGCUUGACCAUAUCUGUUUCAGCGCAAGCAUCAGUGCCUGUGACAGAGGUGGACAGUGGAAAACUGCCCUUCACUUGUUGGCAAGUAUGCUGGCGGCAGAUGUUCGGGCCGAUGUUGUUUGUUUCAGUGCAGCGAUCAGUGCUUGUGCAAAAAGCGGCCGCUGGCCGUGGGCGUCGUUUUUGCUUUGGAGCCUUAUGGAUAUGGCCGUAACACCCAAUGAGAUCAGCUUUUCUUCGGCCAUGAGUGCUUGUGUCAAAGACGGCGAGUGGCAGAGGGCGCUGCACUUGCUGAGUAGCAUGGCCGCAGUUUCGGCGACACCGAACACGAUCAGUAUCAAUACGGCCAUCGCUUCGUGUGAGAAUGCCGGAGAGUGGGAGGUGGCUGUGCAGCUCUUGACCGGGAUGAAGGCAGCUGCGCUGCAGGCCAAUAUCAUCAGUUUUGGUGCUGCCAUUGGUUCCUGUGACAAAGACCGGCAGUGGCCAGUUGUGAUGUCACUUCUACUUGCAAUGCAGACUGCGCGUGUGCUCCUUAACCAGAUUGCCCUGAGUCGAACUAUUGGCAUAUACGGGCAAUGUGGCCAUUGGCAGGAAGCACUGCACCUCCUCACGGAGAUGCGGCUAAGUCUCGCCACUCCCGAUGAAAUCAGCUUCAGCGCUGGCAUGCAUGCGUGCGCUAUCUCUGGUCAGUGGCAGCACGCCUUGGAGCUCAUGGUGUGCAUACAAGAUUGCAGGGUUGAAGGCAAGGUCGCGAGGAAUGCAGCCAUGAGUGCCUGCGAGAAGGCCAGUCAGUGGAGGAAGGUGAUCGAGCUUUUGGAUGACAUGCUCCGGACAAGAUUGCAGGCCAGCGAGAUCAACAUGGGCGCAGCAAUAGGUGCAUGCGGAGUAAGCGGACAGUGGCAGAAAGCCGUCCAGCUGUUUGUCGGCAUGACAAGUUCUGAGGUGAAGCCUAGCCACAUAAGCUUGGAGGCGGUCGUCGGGGCUGUCGAGCCUGGUAUGUGGACCGUGGCGGUCGAGCUCUUGAGUGCAAUGCAGCGUGCUUCAGCGCAGCCCCAAGGGAUUCGGACGAGUGCUGUGGCAAAGGUGUGCAGGCAGAGGCUGCGGUGGGAAGUGCUCCUGCAGCUCCAGUCCCAGGGAGAACCUGAUGACUGUGGCUUUUCUUCGAUUGUGAACGGCUUUGAUGAGCACCGUUAUUGGCCAGUGGCAAUGCAUCUAUUGUCUGCUGCGCAGGCGAAGCCAACUAACGUCAGCUACGCUGCUGGCAUCAGUGCCUGUGAGGCUUGCGAAAGCUGGCAGCUUACACAUCAGCUGAUGGUCCAGAUGCAUGCAGCAUUUGUGGAGGCCACCGUCCUAAGCAUCAGUGUUUGCAUGACUGCUUGUGCGAAGCUGGCCCAGUGGCAAAUGGCGACAUCAUUGCUCGCUGGCCUCGGUGUGCUUGGAGUUGCCUCUAACGUCUUCAACUUCAGCGCUGCCAUCAGCGCCUGCGAGAAGCGAGGCCGACUUCUCAUCAAGAGGGUUUAG